AUGGAGGAUCGCAAUAAGAUAUCGCUUCGUAGCGGCAGGAGGAAGAAGAGGCCAACUAUCAGCGCGCCUCGCCAGAUCUCAGGACCGAUUGCUCAAGAUGAUUCCAACAGACCACCUCUCCCAGGCGCAGACCCCAGUCAAGCUUCAGCUCGACCGCGGCCACGUCCUCCCCCGAUGGCUGGUGGAAAGACAUCAGAUCUUGUAAAGCGACGCUACUCGACACGAUUCAACCAGCCGUCCUCUAUUUCCAAUGGCGGAGCACCCCCAAUGCCGCAGAUGCCCUCCCUGGCUAAUUACGAACCGAGGGAGACCGUCGCUGCUGCUAGGAAGCCCCCAUCGCGCUCAGGACCUGGCGUCGCUCCGGUCAUUGAUAUCAAGGGCUUGCGCGAUCCCAAGCUGAAGCCAGAUCGAUACGUUCAAGCUGCUUUAAGCGAUGCUACCGAGGAUCAAAUUCGCGAAUUCGAAGAGUCGUUGCGCCAAGUCAAGACACGUGUGGGAACAGAUCUACAACAAAGCGUCAUGCAGAACAGAACACAAUUUAUUAAAAUCAGCAAGGAAGCGGAGAAACUCAAGAGCGAGAUGAGAAACCUGAAAAACUUCAUGUCAGAGCUCAAGGUAAACACAACUGCAAUGAGAGCCGCUGCAGCCAAAAGCGAUGAACCUAUGCCUAGUGAUCUGGGGGUUGCCCCUGGCAUCAGUAGCAGAAGAGAUAGGCGCACUUCUAUCGCCGACAGAAGUGCAAUGUGGAAUUCGCAAAUGCAGGCUCUGUACAAGGGCGUCGAAGGAUCGCAAAAAUUCCUCCCUAAUGCGGUAGGACGACAUGUUGUCCAAGACGCUGGCCCGUGGAUUGAGCUCGACAAUGCCACAUAUAAGUCACGCAGAGCAAUGCAGAUCUUUCUACUCAACGACCACCUUCUUAUCGCAUCGCGUAAGAAGCGAAAGGCAGAUGCGCCUGGUGCAGAUGCACGAGGACCGAUGAUGAAGUUGGUGGCGGACCGCUGCUGGCCUCUGUUGGAUGUAGAAGUGGUGGACAUGUCGAGCACUGGAGAAUCAUCAAACAGCGGACGCAAUAAGCUUGCGGACGCCAUUAUGGUGCGAGGUGUUGGUCAGGAAUCUUUCAUCUAUCGGACGGAAAAACUCCAAGACCCCGAAAAGAAACAGCUGCUCCUCAAUGUGCGCAAGGCUAUAGAACAGCUGCGCAAAGGUCUUCGAUCAGAGAUGGAGGCCAACAACAAGGCGCGUGAGACGAUCAAUUACUUUGCUUCCCGAGACCCAGGUCUUCUUCAAAAGACAGAGCUUCUUGCGACGCUAUCAGAUAUCAAGGAUAUGCUCAUUGAGGUGGAUGGCAAGCAACAAAAUCUGCGCUGGGUUGAAAGCGAGAUGGACGAUCUUGAUAUCGAUGUUGCGAUGCAAAGGUUUGAGGACGCUGUAGUCCGCGUUGAGAAGCUUAAAGCAAUCGCUCGCGGGUUGAAGAACCACGCAAUCGCUCAGGACUUUAUCAACUUCAAAGUAAACGAACGAUGUGUCAGGCUAGCCAACAUGAUUGGUCGGGAGCUUGAAAUGACACACGACAACAAUACAAAGACAAGACGCAACGUCAGCUGGUUGACGAGGCUGGGCUUUGAGGACAGCGCCCGCGAGUCGUACCUAGCAGCGAGAAGUGGCACAAUCCACAAACGAACCAGGCAAUGCAUUUUCCAGGGAGAUUUGCAUCUAUACAUCUGGGAACUCUCAUUUGUGUAUUUCAUGGUCAUUCACAACACAGUUCAAUGUUUUCAGUCAUGCUUCCCACCACCCAUGAUGAGUGUGUGCGUCAAGUGGGCAAAGGAGGAAGUCGACGCAUUCAACAUUAUCCUGGCACGCCAACUUAGUAGUACGGAGCCCAGGGGACAAGUCUGGACGCAGUGCAUGGAGAGAGCAAAGGAGCAUUCUAAGCUGUUAUCUGAAGUCGGAUUGGACUUUGAAAACCUGGUCGGAAAGAACCUAAUGAUCUAUGAGCCAAUUGAUCAGGGACCUUCGGUGGGGUUGGGCUUAUCGUAA